AUGGUCCGCAAAACGCAUACCAAGUCGCGAAAGGGGUGUCUGCAGUGCAAGAAGCGUCACGUGAAGUGCGACGAAACUCGCCCGCGAUGCAGGGCAUGCAGCAGACUCGAACUGGACUGCACCUGGGCGCCGGGUCCCAAUGCCCCCUCACCAUCUCCAAGCACACCCAGCACGCUGCAGACUGGCGGUAGCAAUAAUGGGGCCUCUUCUUCUGCUUCCGCACAGCUGGACAUCCCCGACUUGAGACUCUUGCAUUUCUGGACGACGAACACCGCCAAUACGGUGCAGGUUCCCGCUCAUGGCGAUAUCUGGCAGGUGAAGAUGGUGGAGAUGGGGUUCCGCCAUCCGUUCGUGCUGCAUGGGAUUCUGGCGGUUGCGGCGAUUCAUCGUGCGGGCAUCUAUCCCGCCGAGAGCGAGGAACUCACCAUGCAGAGCUCAUCGCACAUGGAUGUCGCCAUCAGCGGCCUCCGCUACCAGAUCGAACACCCAGAUCCCGCCGCCGCGACCGCCGUCUUCGCCUUGUCCGGGGUCCUGGUCAUCCACAGCCUCGGCAUGGCUCAGAUCCAUCCCCCAUCCGACCCCAUCGGCGACCUCUGCCACUGGUUCCGGCUCGUCAAGGGCACUCAGGCGUGCGUCGCAGGCAACUGGAUCCGUCUUCUUUCCUCUGAACUCGCCCCGAUUCUCACGAGCGUAGAUAGGAAGAAGGAUCCCGGCCGUGGCGUCGCCGAGGUUCUUCAAAUCCAAGACCUUAUCCGCCAGGAAGUCCCCGAAGAUGACGACCUGCACGAAGCAUACCUCCAAGCGGUUGAUGAGUUGCACACCGUCUUCGUCAACGUCCACCACUAUAUCCGCCAGCAAGAGAUUUCCGCCGUCAACCACACGCUAAGCUGGGUCGCUACCGUUCGCCCGGCGUUUCUUGACCUACUCUACAACCGCGACCAGCUGGCUCUCGUCAUCCUCGCGCACUUUGCGGUUCUCUUUCGUUUGCAGGAGAAUUCGUGGUGGAUGCGUGGGUGGGCGAGGUGGACGCUUGAUGCUGUGCAGGCGCAGCUCGAGCCUAGGUAUCAUGAGUGGACGGCUUGGGCUUGUCGGCAGUGUGAAGAAGGCUGA